AUGGCCACUCAAUCUCGCGUGGAACCUGCCCGUCCGGAGCCGCUUCGAAUCUUCUCACCAGAGCCUCUACCUCCUAAUCUCAUCACCCGCGUGGACAAGGAGCGUUCCAACGGCUAUUAUGGGGCCUUUGACGCAAACCUUCUGGCUACCAAGGCCGCCGAAUUGAUCGCCCUCCUCGUGGAGGCCUUGAGCCGGCUCCUGACACAGGCCGAGGCCGACUGCGUUGCCGAAGCCGUCGCCGGCCAGAAAAACGCCAGCGCACAGAUCGCACACUCUUGUUGGCUCUGUAUUCGCAUGACCCUGCCGACAGAUGCCUGGGUGGUGCCGCGGUGGCAUACAGACGGCCGGAUGUUUGAUUGCGCCUGCCCGGACUCUACCGCGCCGCACUCAAAGUAUGCCUUUUCGAUUCUCGGUCCAUCUACCAGGGCGAUACUCACAAACCCAGGCGCCCACAAGAUUCUGCACUCACCCUCGCCAAGUGGGCGGCCUUGGGAAACCAAUGACCCCGAUCCUGAAUUGGCCGAGGCCCUGGAGAGCUACCCACAGGCUGCCAUCGAACCAGGGCAAAUGAUCCGCUUCAGCUGGGCUGAGGAGGAUUCUCCGAUCCAUUCUGAGCCGGAUUCGACGAACGCGCAUCGUGUGUUUGUCAGUAUCCUUUUUGGGAGCGAGAGUGAGCUGCGGGAUAUGUGUGAUUUCAGGGAGGAAACAUAUGGCGCCUGGAACUGA